CGGAUCCGAGCCUGGUGAAUGGAGAGGAGAGCUGUGUGUACUUUGCUGGGAAUUCUCUCGGACUCCAGCCACGAAAAGUUAAAACUUACUUGGAUGAAGAACUGGACAAGUGGGCUAAAACAGGUGUUCAUGGCCAUUUCAAUGGUCAGCGCCCCUGGGCUUUGGCAGAUGAAUGUAUCCUGGAUGUGAUGGCAGACCUGGUUGGGGCCCACAGACAUGAAGUAGCCUUAAUGAAUGGGCUGACUGUUAACUUGCACCUCCAGAUGCUAUCUUUCUUUAAACCUACUCCAAGACGCUAUAAAAUUCUUCUAGAAGCCAGAGCCUUUCCCUCUGACCAUUACGCUGUUGAGUCCCAGCUUCGGCUUCACGGACUUGAUGUGGAGAAAAGUAUGCUCCUGAUGCAGCCGCGGGAGGGGGAGGAGACCUUGAGGAUCGAAGAUAUCCUUGCUGUAAUCGAGAAGGAAGGGGACUCCAUCGCCGUUGUCCUGUUCAGUGGGGUGCAGUACUACACGGGACAGUUGUUUGACAUCCCUAGAAUAACAAAGGCUGGCCAAAAAAAG